AUGUUCCGGGCGUAUGAUUGUUGUGUGCUUAAUUAUGAAGCAAAGUUGCAGGAAGGAGCUGGAGGGAUUUCUACAUCAGCCAAAACUCAUGAAGUAACUUUGAAGUUUAUGGCUAGACUAGUUUAUGCUUGUUGGCCAGGCGAAGACAACAGUUUAGUCUUAAUUGGUCCGGGGACUGGCGUUGCUGCCUUCCGAUCAGUUUUGAAUUUUAGGAAUAUAAAUCAUGACACUAGUAGUGCAAAAGAUUUAUUAUUUUUUGGUUGCCGAGGAAGCAGUAAAGAUUUUUAUUUCAAGGAAGAGUGGCCACAUCUCAAGAAUGUUUGCGUCAUAACUGGAUUCAGUAGAGACGAGAAUAGUACUAAAGAGUAUGUACAGGACAAGAUAAUGCAAAAUCCUGGGAUAAUAUGGGAGCUGAUAACAAAAAAUAAAGGCUCUAUCUACAUUGCUGGGAGAAGUGGUGAUAUGCCGAAGUCAGUAAUUCGCACGCUGAAAAAAAUUAUGACGGAUAACGAAGGGAAUGGAGAUGAGAUGAUCGCUUCACUAGAAAGAGCAGGAAGGUUACAAAUUGAAACCUGGGAUUAA